AUGACCUCGUCACGCCCCUCAUUGACCUCGCUCAGGUCGCCCUCGAUCCUGUCCGAGCGCCGCGACAUGCGCAGACUAUCCGGACGCUCUGUCUCCUCCCCUAUUGAUCCCGAGCCCGCUCCCGGACCCCAACCUGCCGCCAUCACCGAAGAAAUCAGUGAGAUCAAACGCUAUGAAGAUUUCACAACAAUCGAUUGGGUCCAGGAUGCGGUCUACGAGCAGAACAGUCGUCGCGCCAAGCGGCGGGAUGGUGGUGGCUUUUGGGACCAGGAAGGCAUCUUUGGCUGGCGUCGAAAGGUGAUCGAGUCCUACGACGCAGGCCAAGCUUGGCUCGUAGUGACCCUGGUUGGAAUGGCGAUUGGAUUGAAUUCAGCUGUCUUGAAUAUUAUCACUGAGUGGCUGUCCGAUAUCAAGCUUGGCCAUUGUACCACCGCAUUCUACCUGAAUGAGCAAUUCUGCUGCUGGGGUGCCGAAGGAGGUUGCCCCGAAUGGAAACACUGGACUGGCUUCUGGCUUUUCAACUACGUGAUCUACUUCUUUUUUGCGGUACUGCUUGCUUUCAUUGCAGCGAUUCUUGUGAAAACCUUCGCGCCAUACGCUGCAGGCUCCGGUAUCUCGGAGAUCAAAUGCAUUAUUGCUGGCUUUGUCAUGAAGGGCUUCCUCGGAGCCUGGACUCUUCUAAUUAAGUCAAUUGCUCUGCCAUUAGCCAUCGCAUCUGGUCUUUCUGUCGGAAAGGAGGGACCUAGUGUUCACUUCGCCGUUUGCACAGGAAACGUCAUCUCGCGGUGGUUCGGGAAAUACAAGGCGAGUGCCUCGAAGACGCGAGAAAUCCUGACGGCGUCAGCGGCGGCCGGAGUAGCAGUGGCUUUCGGCAGUCCUAUUGGCGGUGUACUGUUUUCACUUGAGGAAAUGGCCAACUACUUCCCGCUCAAGACUCUGUGGCGCAGCUAUUUCUGCGCCUUGGUAGCGACCAGCGUGCUGGCGGCCUUGAAUCCUUUUCGAACUGGGCAGCUGGUCAUGUUCCAAGUUGAAUAUGACCGCACGUGGCACUUUUUCGAACUGAUCUUCUUCGUGUUCCUUGGUGUCUUCGGCGGUCUGUAUGGUGCUCUCGUUAUCAAAUGGAACCUUCGUGUAGCAGCAUUCCGCAAGAAGUAUCUGGGUAAAUACCCUAUUGCCGAGUCUGUGGUCCUUGCUGCUGUCACUGCGAUUCUUUGCUAUCCCAACAUGUUCCUAAAGAUCAACAUGACGGAAAUGAUGGAGAUACUCUUCCGCGAAUGCGAGGGUGGCCAUGACUACAACGGGCUUUGCGAAAAAAAGAAUCGCCUGUCAAUGAUCCUGUCCUUGGCAGUUGCAACGGUCUUGCGUACUGGCUUGGUGAUCAUCUCAUAUGGGUGCAAAGUACCAGCUGGUAUCUUCGUCCCAUCAAUGGCUAUUGGUGCAUCGUUCGGCCGCAUGGUUGGAAUUAUGGUGCAGGCACUAUAUGAACACUUUCCCAAAUCGGCCUUCUUUGCAUCAUGCGAGCCAGACGUUCCUUGCAUAACACCGGGAACAUAUGCGUUCCUGGGUGCGGGAGCAGCUCUAAGUGGGAUUAUGCAUCUCACUAUCUCAGUAACCGUCAUUAUGUUCGAACUCACUGGCGCCUUGACUUACAUCCUGCCGACCAUGAUCGUUGUUGGUGUCACGAAAGCCGUGGGAGAUCGAUUCGGAAAUGGAGGCAUUGCAGACCGUAUGAUCUGGUUCAACGGCUUCCCAUUCCUGGACAACAAAGAAGACCACGUCUUCAACGUCCCAGUCUCCCACGCAAUGACCACCGAUCCACUCACCCUCCCUGCAUCCGACUUCCCUGUGCGUGAAGCAGAGCAUCUGCUUAGCGACAACAGGUUCCAAGGUUUCCCGAUUGUCGAAGACCGCAGCAAAAAGACGCUGGUUGGCUACAUCGGUCGUACAGAGCUUCGAUAUGCCAUCGACCGCGUUCGCAGCGAAGGACUCCUUUCGCCACGGGCCCGAUGCGUGUUCACCAAAGAAGCUGCCGAGGCUUCAGUCGCACGACGGGCCUCCGCACCCCGGGACACCCACUCCUCAGAUACGUUCGAUGCGAUCCAGACUAGCGUGGGAGCCGGCUUCGUCGACUUCUCCCGCUACGUCGACCACACCCCGCUGACCGUGCACCCCCGUCUCCCUCUCGAGACUGUCAUGGAAAUCUUCAAGAAGAUGGGCCCGCGUGUUAUCCUCGUUGAGCACCGCGGCCGUCUGACUGGUCUGGUUACCGUCAAGGAUUGUUUAAAGUACCAAUUCAAGGUGGAAGCCGAGGAACACGCACUUGCAGCAACAACAACAUCUGAAUUCACUUCUACGCCCCUGGGUGGUCAUCUGAGCAGCCCUACCCUGGAGACCCUUGAAGAGCGUAUCUGGCGUAUUAUCCAGACGGUUGCGGCUUUCGUCUCUGGCUCGUCUCGUCCUCGUCGCCCUGUGCGACUGGGUGAUCGGGACCGCCGCGGGCCUUCAGAGUCUGCUGGGAUCCUGGAUGGAACGGAAGAUGAUGGUCUUGUUGAGCUGGAGAAUAGAGAAGGGCGACCUGGUCGCUCUUAG